UGCAUAGACAAACACUGUUUCGAAACACAGUAACCUAUAUAUAUAUAUUUAUAUGGAUAUAUGUAUAUCCAAAAAACAUUUGGAGCGCCGGCGCAAAUAAUAUAACUUAUUAAAAAUUAAAUUGUAUGUAGUAUACACAUAUAAAAAAUGUUAGUAUUGUGCUAGAAAAUUAAUUAUGUACUCAAUAAGGUGGGUGUUGUCGGAUUUUUUAAACUUCAGAGUCGUGUAAAAUAAAAAAUAGUUUGAUGAUCCCAUGGAUAAAAGAACAAAUAUCUGAUGCCUGGCAUAACAGAAAGAGUACGAGGACAGCCAAGAAGGGCUCCUUGGCUCUGUCAACAAAUGAUUCUAAGAUUUCUGAGAAGAAAAGUGACAACAAAAUUAUGUCACUAAGUAAUGCUUCUACCUCGUCAGGAAAUUUCAGCGUAAAUGUCGUUAGUUUAGAAGGGGAAAUGAUAGACGUGGCAGUGAAACCAGAUUGUACAGUAGAAAAAUUAAAAAUAAUGGCAACGAAGCAUUUUUAUGGUUCAGAAGGACAUACUCCUUCAAGCUUUCAUCUAAUUCAUGCAGAAAAAGUCAAACAGCUAUCUGAUGAAAGUAAUUUACGAGAUCAAGAAAUAAAUGCAUUUGAUGAAUUACUUAUGGUACAAGUGAGGCCAGCUCAAAUAAAAGACAAUUUUCCUGAAGAUUCUGUCAAAGGACCUAAUAUAGAUGCAAUUAUUAAAGCUACUAGUCAUUUACAAGAACCCAGAGCACCAAAACCGAAGCCUACAACUGACUGUCCAGCUAAUUUUGAAGCUGAAAUACGAAAAAUAUUGAUUACACUUGUUCAGGCUUCAGCAAAAAUACUAAUGCAUAGUCCUGAAUCAGCUAAGUUAUACGAAAUAAUCAGAGAAAAAUUAGAAUUACGUUAUAAACCUCUUUAUGAUCCAAAAGCUGUUAAGUAUUUAACAGAUAUAGGCUUUUCAGAAAAAAAAGUAUUAAUAGCUCUUCGAAUUUGCAAAAUGAAUGUUUCUGAGGCUUUAGAGUGGUUGAUUGAACGUGAAGAUGACUCAGAACAUGAUAAUGAGGAUUCUAUGUUUUUAAAUCUUGAUUUAGAUUCGAUAGAACAAUUUCCCGGUCCUAGUUCAUCAUCAGGAGGCCCUUCGGCAAGUCAACCUCGAAGAAGGAGUAUCAAAGAAGCUUGUAUAGACAUCAUUAAAGGUACUGGAGGUCAAGACGUAACAAAGGAAAACAACUUAAUGCAUAUUAUUAGCCUUUUACUUCAAAGUUUUCAUCAAUACAAGAGAUUAGAAUUCAGACCUAACUCCAAAAUCAAGGAAUCUCUAAUAGAAAUGGGUUUCGAAGAAAAAAAAGUUAUCGAAGCACUUAAAGUAACUGGAAACAAUCAAUUAAACGCGUGUGAAUGGCUAUUAGGAACUCGUAAUGAAAAUCUUCAUGAUUUUGAUAGUGGAUUAAAUGUUGAUAGUCCGAUUUAUGAAGCGAUAAUGAAUAAUUCUCAUAUUCGUUUGAGUCUAACAAAUCCAAAAAUGUUACUUGCUUAUUUGUCAAUCUUAGAGACACCAUCAUCAACAAGUAUUUGGAUCAAUGAUCCAGAGGUAUCACCAGUCUUAAGUCAAAUAUUUAAGACUUAUCAUUCAGAGAAACAUGCCAUUCAUAUGAGUCGUUAUGAAAGUAUAGCAGAUAGCUAAUGAGGUUUAUCUUAAAAUUAAUCAACUAAUUUCACAUAGUUUUUAUAAACAAAAAAUAGUUAAAAAAUCAUAACUUAUUUUAUGAUAAAUUCAUGUUACUUCUUGUAAAUUUUGC